AUGGUGUCCCUAAGACCGACGCCAUCGCUCUCCCACCAGUCCUCUCAUACGAAACGCAGUUCAACCGGCCACCACACGCUCCUUCCUGCCUCUUCGGAACGAACUUGGCACCUGUACACCGACGUCUAUGAGGUGCCUCUCGGGCAACCAAAGACCUUCCUCCACUGGACCUUCGGAAGAGACACCGUGAUAUGGAGAAUAUGGCCCGCGGUCACGUUACACACGCUUUUCGCAGCUGGUGUGGUCACGCUGUCCAUGAAGACCCAGAUCAGGCUCGACAUUCCUCCCGUCCUCCUCACUGUGCUCGGUGUUGUCAUCGGCUUCGUUAUAUCCUACCGCGCCAUGUCUGGCUAUGACCGCUAUUGGACAGGCCGCAGCUCGUGGUCAGACGUCAUCCGCAACCUACGUACCCUUUCGCGUCUCAUAUGGGUGCAUGUCCCGCUUCGACUUGCGCCCAAGUCCGACCGCGAGGUGCCGCCAGAAGAGAUAAAGACUUGUAUGGAGGAGAAACGCGUGGCGCUAGACCUGGUGCUCGGCUUCGCGGUUGCUGUCAAGCAUCACCUCAGAAGUGAGAUGGGCAUCUACUACGAGGACCUCUACGACCUAGUCAAACCCCUUCACAAUCAUCCACAUCACCGUCGCCACCAUCCUCGCGACGAACUACAACAUUCUAAUGGGGUGUCGCAAACUCUCGCCUCUCCUGAGCAGGUCACGCCCACCGCAGGAGCUGCAGGAGCAAGUUCGGACCCGGUGAUACCACCUAUCAACGCAUACGGAACAUUCGCAUCGCAGCACUUACUCUCACACCACGCUUCUUCCUCCAGCUUUUCCAGCGUAGCGUCGGGUGAUGAUCCGCACGAGCAUCACCCAUUGCUCCCUGGACGAGCGCGGCGUACCAACUCGGGCGUGUUCGGGGCCGUCUCCAGCGACCUCAUCCCUUUUGGAGAGGAGGCUGGCGCCUUGCUGAAUGCAUUUGGUAGAGCCUUGGCAUGGCCAUUCGUGAGCUUGGGGCGACGAAGAUUCCAACAGGACGAGGAGAACCAGAUCGGAAUCACCGUCGCGGAAGACACAGACGCCGGGGAGGCAUCUGAUCAAGGAGUCACAGAGGCAUUCGACGAGAGCGCGCCGACCGGUGGGGUGCAGCGCAAAUUUGCCAAAGAACCUCGCGUCGCGAUCACCGUGUCUGAACGGGGUGCCGUGAACCUCCAAACUAACGACGCCUCGCGCAUGACGCACGUGAAGCACAGACCGCGCGUCGCAGGUGGCGGUCAGAGCUUGCCCCUGGAGAUCCUAUAUGCCCUUUCGACGUGGAUGUCCGUGCUUGAAGAGCGCGAGAGCGUACCGGGAUCCAGUCUCGGAGGCAUGAUCGGCGCGCUGGCGGGAUUGGAGGACGCUCUAGGCUCCUUGGAACGCAUCCUGACAACGCCAUUGCCGUUCGUCUAUGCCGUACACAUCCGGCAUACGGUGUGGGUGUACCUAUUCUUUCUGCCCUUCCAGCUCCUCGGCCAGUUCGAGUGGUACACCAUACCGGGCGUCUGUAUCGCCGCGUUCAUCUACCUAGGCUUCCUCGCCGCCGGAGAGGAAAUCGAGCAGCCGUUUGGCUACGAUGAGAACGAUCUCGAUUUGGACAUGCUCUGCAACGAGAUCGUGCGUGCGGACGUCGAACGUCUAAGGCGAACGCCGAAUCGGAACGUGUUCCUGGGCGGUCAUCAACGCCGGGCAGAUGCUACUGGUGACAAAGGGAAGGAGUCGAGGGUCGAGGACGUGUUCGACACGAGGUCAACCCGGUCUCUUAUAAGCCGCACGGCUGUCCACAAUCUUGCGUCCAGACUGCGCUCCUCCACCGUGACGCGUCGUAAUCGUGCUUCCAACCAUUCCUGUCAUUCUCUACCCAUGCCGUACGAACACCCGUUCAAGAAGGAAUCUGCAGACGUGAUCCUCCGUUCGUCAGACGAGGAUGACUUCAGAGUGCACAAACUGAUCCUCUCCGAGGCCUCCUCUGUAUUCGAGGCAUUGAAGAGCUUGCAAGAGACCAUUGUGCUCCUCGAGGCUAUGAAGAAGUACGAGAUGGACGACGUCGCCAGAGAUGUGCGUAGAGCUCUCCUGGACGACAGGUUCAGCGAGACGGCCGAGGACGCAUUCGCCGUGUACAGCGCUGUAUGGCGUUUGGGUUUCGAGGACGACCUAGCCAACAGCGCAAGGGCGACAUUCCGUUUCAAACUUCCUUCGUUCGAGUCGCCGGUGGUUCAAUCUAUCCCGCCCGCUGCAAUCUUCGCGUUGAUGGAGUUCCGCGGCCGUUGCGUGGGGGCCGCUAUGCAGUUUUUGUUCUAUACAAACGAUUGGCAACAUUUCCAAGUCGAACGCUGGGAGGGCACCGAGCACUCGGAUUGGAGGAUGCACGAGAUGAGUUUGCCUCCAUUCUGCGUGAACGACCAUGCGGGCAAGCCCUUCAAACUAGUGUCUACCUUCGCAAGCAAGUCUAUGGGGAUGGCAAUGACGACGAUGAAGACCAUCGUGGCAGAAGUGCUGGACAACCUAUGCAAAGAUCUCGAUGAAAAGCUCACCGAGGUACCUUUCGACGCAUCCGAGCCUGAAUAUGACAACCUUUGGGACCCCGAGUCGAACAUGCUAUAUCGACGAUAUACAUAG